CUCUCAGAUCGUCUCUUCAGUCUCAGCAGAACUUUGUUUCUCGGUUAUUUGUUAAAGAAGAAGAAGAUCUUGUGGAUUAACUGGACUCAGAUCGACCUUUUUGUUUUAUUUCUAUUCAGACGCGAAAUGUAGAGAGAAAAAAAACAAACAAACCAAACAAAGCAGAAGCAGUGGUUUUUACUUGUAAUCCAGCUGCGUGAAUGUAAUCCCAGGGUCUGCUGUGUUUCUGCGAUGUUCCCGUGAUGAAGCCUUGACCGGAGGAUUUCCUCUCGGUGGGAUUCUGGGUCCGAGCGGGGAUGAAGAGACGCUCCUGAAGAGACGAGAUGGGGAAAUGGGAGCUGACUAUGAACCCGGUGCAGGAGUGGGGCGAGGAGGUGGAGGACGGGGCGGUGUACGGCGUCACGCUGCGCCGGGAGCCCGUCCCGCCCUCGCCCGGUGAGGCCGACUCCGGCCCCGGCUCGGCCUUCAUCCAGUACCGGACCACCAAGGUGCGGCGGCUGAAGGCGGCGUCGCCGGGCCGCCUGGUCAGCCACCUGCUGGACGGCAGCUGCCAGGAGCAGGACUACGGCAAGAUGCUGCUCUCCACCUACCGCACCUUCACCAGCACCGCCCAGCUCAUAGAGAUGCUCUUCCAGAGAGACUGCGCCUUCUCAGAUCUGGAACACAGCGAGUGCUACAGCAGCCCCCUGCUGGCCUUCGUCCAGACCUGGCUGGACGAGUACAGCGAGGACUUCAGGGACCCCCCGCUGCACCCGGCGCUCCACCUGCUCCUGGACCACCUGCGGAUCAGUUCGGCCGUGCACGACCACAUGCGCAGCCAGCCCAACUUCUGCUCGCUGGCGGGACAGGCCGAGGAUCUGCUGAAGAAGCUGCAGAGAGAAGACGUGGCUCCAGACGUCGGCUCUGCUUCAGCGGAUCCAGCUGAAACUUCGGUUUCUGAAAACUCUCCAAACCAAAGCGGUGUGAUGGAUUUCUCUGCCACGACUGUCGCUGAGCAGCUCACCCAGAUCGACGCUGCUCUGUUCGUCAGGGUGGUGCCGUUCCAGUGUCUGGGCUGCGUCUGGUCUCAGCGGGACAAGAAGGAGAACAUGUCUCCCACCAUCCGGGCCACCGUGGCUCAGUUCAACGCCGUCACCAGCCACGUCAUCGCCUCGCUGCUGUGCCCGCCCUCCGACCCCGCCCCCACCGGCCCCGCCACCGCCUCCCGCUCGCCGCCCACCUCGCCCUUGCUGAGGGCUCGGAUCAUCGAGCGGUGGAUCAAGGUGGCUCAGGAAUGCCGCCGCCUGAAGAACUUCUCCUCCCUGCGGGCCAUCCUGUCGGCGCUGCAGUCCAACGCAGUGUACCGGCUGAGGAAGACCUGGGCCGCGGUCAGCAGGGAAAGCAUGGCCGCCUUCGAAAACCUGUGGGAGACUUUCCCCGACGAGAACUGCGUCUUGACCAACAAGGAGCUCCUGGUGGAGGACGGAGGCCAAACGACGGUGGACGACGUGUCUCCCAAGAUGUCCAAACGCUGUCCGCUCCCCAGGCAGAUGAGCUCCUCCAGCGGCGUGGUUCCCUACCUGGGCACGUACCUGACCGUGCUCACCAUGCUGGACACGGCGCUGCCCGACACGCUGGAGGGCGGACUCAUAAACUUUGAGAAGAGGAGGAGGGAGUUCGACGUCCUCUCGCAGAUCCGGGCGCUGCAGGCCUCCUGCUCCCUGUACAGCCUGCCGCUCCACCACCGCGUCGCCGCCUGGCUGCAGGAACACAAGCUGCUCAGCGAUCAGGAGAGCUACGAGCUGUCCAGGCAGCUGGAGCCGCCCGUCGACCUCUGCUCCCCGGCCUCCUGGAGCCACCGCACGCUCACCAAGAAGCUGUCCUCCCUCCUGACUGUGACGGACGGAGCGAAGAAGCUUCCGUCCGACCAGAUCAGCGUCUCCUCCUCCGGAUCCAGCGGCUCGGAGAUGGACGAGGCGGCCGGCUCCAUCAGGAUGAGGUCCUUCCACAGCUCCUGCACCAACGUGUCCGAGGCCUUCUCCUCCACCUCCUCCUCCUGCUCCUCCUCCUCAGCUGCUUCGUCUUCAGACUCGCCGACUCCCCCCACCACCACCACCACCUCCUCCUCCUCAGACGCCGGUCCUGCGGCGGCCUCGCCGGCGUCCCGCGGCGAUGGCGGCAGCGGCGGCGGCGUGCGGCCCAAACCUCAGAUCUGCCACCACAAGCGCUCGGUGUCCAUGACGUCGCUGCCGCUCUACAACCGGCAGGUGGCCGACUCCUGCAUCGUGCGCGUCAGCGUCGACCUCGGACACAACAACGGAAACAUGUACAAGAGCAUCCUGCUCACCAGUCAGGACAAGACGGCUCAGGUGAUCCGGCGGGCGCUGGAGAAGCAUCACCUGGAGCACAUGAGCCAGCAGGACUUCACCCUGACGCAGGUCAUCUCCCCGGACAGAGAGCUGCUGAUCCCGGACAAAGCCAACGUCUUCUACGCCAUGUCCACCACGGCCAACUACGACUUCGUGCUCCGGCAGUACCACCGGAACCAGAAGAAGCCUCUGAGGGGGACGGCCAGCCUGGGCCGCUUCACCAAGUAGACCCCAGACCCCCGACCCCCGACCCCCGACCCCUCACCCCUCACCCCUCCGACCCCCAGACCGCCUCCUGCUCCGAACUCUGGUUUGCUCAGUGGAAACCGAGGAGGAGCUGCUGAUGCACUUUAGAACCGCUGCUUUCAUCCUGCCGAGGAGCCGCAGAGCAAGAGAGAAACAUUCCUUGAAUAACAGCAGUGACCUAUUUUUUACUGAGAUAGAGCGAGAUGGGGGGGAGGGGUUGGGGGGGGGGGGCAACCUGUGUAUUUUAAAAAGGGAAUCGGGUUCAGUCGGUGAUAAAGUCACUGGAGCUGCCAGACAUCUGAGAGCAGGACGGCUGACGUGUGGAUCGAGACGCCCGGUGGCUUCAGAGCGGCGGACUGACGCUCGACUGGAAGGACGGCAUUCCUCAUGGGGGGGGGAGUUCACACUUCACCACUUCACGUCACAGUUUUAAUCAAAGAUUUCAGUCUGAACACGAAACCUUCCUGCUGAGUCGCAGGAGAAUCGUCGUUCUGCAGGCGACUCCAGAUUUUAUUUAUUUCCACUGUGAUUCACUUUAACGGCACCUUUUGUAUUUAAUGAAGAUCUUUGAGUCCCGACUCAGGAAAAAACCGUUUAAAAACGCCACAACAGAAAUUAUCUGAGGUUCAGAUGUUUGUGCCAAUUCGUAGAUUUUCUAUUUAUUUCUAUUUUGAUUCAUUCUGCACUUUCCGUUGCCUGCUGGGGGAAAAAUCAGCGACUCCUGAGUUUGAACAGACUUUAUUUUCACUCUGGCUUCUUUCACAAAGAACUCCUGAGGAUCAGAGGUGAAGCUUCUAUUUAUUUCCACUGUGAUUCACGUUUCAUUUGAUGAACUGAUUUUUGAGUCAUGACACCAAAAGAAAAGAAAGAAAUCACUCGAUCUUACCGCCUGUAAAUAUUUUAGUCUUAUUUUUUGAAGAGUAUUGAAAAUGUCGACACUGGAUUUUUUCUUUUUAAUUUGCGUUCAGCAGGUUAGUUUUGUUCUGCUGCUGCUUUAAGAUGUCGAUGCAGAUCAUCUGGCUGAUCUGAGUCGAUACGGAUCACAUUCGCUGUCCUGAAGCUCCGGGAGGUUUUUACACAAUGAGGAGACACUGCGGAGGAUUCUGGGAUUCAGAGCCUUGCUCAAGGGCACACAUGUUGAAAGCGUCCUUCAGAAUCUGCACCUCCAUGAUCUCCUGCAGACGCCAAACCAGAAGGAAUAAAUGCUUUUAUAAAGAUCAGAAACUUCCUGUUUGACUGUUUUCUGAAGGUUAUUCUGAUAAGAGAUGAGGUUUGGAAAAAGUGUUAUGCAGACGUGUGUGAGUUUGAUUACUUGAGUUCCCUCAGGGGGAAAUUCUUGAAAUUCGGGACAACUUUCACCAUUUGGAGGUCUCACUAUUUAAUUUUCCCCGUUUCUUCCUGAUGCAGUGAAACUGAAGCUGGUAUUGAUGAUAACAUGAUGACACUUGAUGGGUUAAAUAUCUGGAUUUUCUAUGGAUGGAAAAACGCUGUGGGUGAACCAGGUCACUGAUUAUCAGUCAGUGUUCAGUCUGUCUGGAGGAGAGGGUCAGGUUUUGUAAAGGUUGUGCUGCCCCCUUGUGGACAACAGGAGGAAAAACACCAUGAAAUCACUUUUUUUAGAUCACCUGUGGUUUAAAAAAAUCUGAAGAUAUUACAACAAGAUUGAA